GCGCCGCCGAAGCACCUGGGUGCGUUGCACCGCCAGAGGCUGGGCAGCUGCUCUGUGAGGGACCCCACCUGGUGGGCGCAGGCCACGCUCACCCGGCUCUGCGCAGCAGCCCUCGCCCGUUCACUGCCAUUGGCGGCUCGGGCUGGCUCGGCGCGGCGCUCUGCUCCUCAGUGCAUUGCUGCUCGGGGCGCUGCAGCCCGCAGCCGCCCGCCUCCCCUGGCCCUGCUCCUCCCCCGUGGAACUGGGCUGUCGGUCGUCGCCCACCGCCCCGCGGCCCCGGCGGAGCCCGGCUGCUGUGCGGCCGCUGAGCGCGCUCCCGCAUCGGGCCCUCCGGCCUGUCUUCCCUUAGGACAGCCCGCGCCCCGGUGCGAGGGAGCGGUCCCUACCGAGACCGGCCGGGCCCGGCGGUGAGAUGAGCUUCUUCGGCUUCGGGCAGAGCGUGGAGGUGGAAAUCCUUCUGAAUGAUGCAGAGAGUAGGAAGCGGGCCGAGCACAAGACGGAGGACGGGAAGAAGGAGAAAUAUUUCCUCUUCUACGACGGAGAGACGGUCUCCGGGAAGGUGAGCCUUGCGCUCAAGAACCCCAACAAGCGGCUGGAGCACCAGGGCAUCAAGAUUGAGUUCAUCGGGCAGAUCGAACUCUACUAUGACCGUGGGAACCACCAUGAAUUUGUGUCCCUGGUGAAGGACUUGGCCCGGCCUGGCGAGAUCACCCAGUCACAGGCCUUCGACUUUGAAUUUACCCAUGUGGAGAAGCCGUACGAGUCCUACACAGGGCAGAAUGUAAAGCUGCGCUAUUUCCUUCGAGCCACCAUCAGCCGCCGCCUCAAUGAUGUUGUCAAAGAAAUGGACAUUGUAGUACACACGCUCAGCACGUACCCAGAGCUGAAUUCUUCCAUCAAGAUGGAGGUUGGAAUCGAGGACUGUCUGCACAUCGAGUUUGAGUAUAACAAAUCCAAGUACCACUUGAAAGAUGUCAUUGUAGGGAAGAUCUACUUCCUGCUGGUGAGAAUCAAGAUCAAGCACAUGGAGAUUGACAUCAUCAAGCGGGAAACGACAGGCACGGGCCCCAACGUCUACCACGAGAACGACACGAUAGCCAAGUACGAGAUCAUGGACGGGGCGCCCGUGCGAGGUGAGUCCAUCCCCAUCCGUCUCUUCCUGGCGGGGUAUGAGCUCACACCCACCAUGAGGGACAUCAACAAGAAGUUCUCCGUGCGCUAUUACCUCAACCUGGUGCUGAUAGACGAGGAGGAGCGGCGCUACUUCAAGCAGCAGGAAGUUGUGUUGUGGCGGAAAGGCGACAUCGUACGGAAGAGCAUGUCCCACCAGGCAGCCAUUGCCUCCCAGCGCUUCGAGGGCACAACCUCCCUGGGUGAGGUGCGGACCCCCAGCCAGCUGUCUGACAACUGUAGGCAGUAGGCCCCCAGGGCCGCGCGGCUGCUGGGCUUCCACCACGGCACCCACCCACCAACACCAGUGGCAGAUUGGGGGGAGGGCCGUGUGAGGCUCAGCGGCCCGUUCUUUGCAACCUGAAAACAAAUCAUGUUUUUGACUUAAAUUCUUUUCUCUGAAGAACCUGAGGGGCUUGGGUUGGAAAGGGACUUUGUGGCUGAUGGGGCACAGGGAGAGGUGGCAUCCUGGAGGCCAGUCUCUUGGGAAGAGGAGCCUUCUGUGGGCCCUCCUUGCCGGGUGGCUCUGUGUCUUACAGGAGAGCAGAGCACACAUCACUGGCUCUGGGCUCUCUAAGCUUCCUUGCAUGGGAGCUGAGUGUGUCCCUGGAAUUCUGAGCUGCCGAUAGGGCCCUCCACUCCACUGUCCCUGAGGUAGUGGCUGAAGGAGUUGGGCCUGUCCCGUCCUGAGUGCAGGGUAACACUCGAGAUCAGGAAGCUCCCUCUUGAGGGUUCUUGGAUGUGGUGCUCUGAAGUUUCCAGAGGCCACUUUCUUUCUGGCCUCUGACUGCUGGGACCCAGGGACAUCCCUUCUCCAUCUUCUCUGAAUUGUCAGUAACAUCGUGGGAGAGAAGCCUGUGGAGGGGCCUUGGGUACAGGGCAGCCCUGGGUCAGUGUCAUGCAUGAGUGGCUGCAGUGUUGGACCCAGGAGCUGAGCCAGGCCCGCUGAGGAAGAUCAGUGCAAGGCAACUGUCUGCGUUCUUAAGACUUCACCGGCCACCUGAGGUCUGGGUUGUUCUAGGGUAUUGCUCCAUGUCCCCAACAAGCCCUCAGCAAGAGGGUCUAUUUCCUUUAAGAAGAGAUCCCAGGAAGGGGCUGGGACCCUUUUGCCUCCCUGAGAGUGGUCCUCAUCUCUCCCCGCCCUCCACUUGGUUUCAAACACUUGCAAAUUUUAUUCUUAGUACCGCCCCUUCACCCCUUCACUCCUCUCCCUACGUGUUAAGGGAGGAUGAUGAGGGUUUCAGCAGAAGACUCUGCUACCGCAACUUGAGGAUAAUUCUGCUUGCCAAAUUACACCUUCAUCCUCGCCAACUAACCAGGUCCAGGACUGUUGGUUUAGUUUGAAAACACACAUACAAAAGCUUGGUAGAUGUUCUUGUCACCCCAGAGAGGAGGGCAGUCCCCCCCUUGUUGUCCUGGGCUGCGGCCUGGGGUCUACAGUAGUAAAAGUGUGUUCUUGUCACCCCAGAGAGGAGGGCAGUCCCCCCUCCUUGUUGUCCCGGGCUGCGGCCUGGGGUCUACAGUAGUAAAAGUGUGUUCUUGUCACCCCAGAGAGGAGGGCAGUCCCCCCUCCUUGUUGUCCCGGGCUGCGGCCUGGGGUCUACAGUAGUAAAAGUGUGUUCUUGUCACCCCAGAGAGGAGGGCAGUCCCCUCUCCUUGCCCCAGGCUGCAGUAGUAAAGGUGUUUAGUGUCCUCUUCUGCCUUGUCUGGGAAUGACAGGAACUUCUUCUCCCCUCCCUUCCCUUUACAGGAAGACCAAGCAGAUCCACUGGCCAAUUAGUACCAUGUCUAGUGGUCUGAAUUCUCUGUAAUUUGCAAAGUAGACUCCUUGGUUCCUGUGCCACCUUUUAGUAAGUGGGAAAUAGGAUUCCUCCUUUCCUCAGAAAUCUGUGCAGUCUGGCCUUUGACUGGACAGUGUUCAUGGAUCAGAGCUGAGACUGGAGGGAAAGGCAUGUGGGGGUGAUGUCUGCAGAUGACUGGGGACAGCAGAACUGAAGAAGGUGAAUUUGCUUCUCCCAUGCUGGACCCUGAGUUCAGAUGAGACACACAAUCCCCAUGGGAACAAGACCCCCCUCCCCCAGCUGCCCUUGGAUUACCAAGGUUGGGGCCUAAGUGUAAGAGGGGGGCAGGUUCUGGGUUCCUUGCUUUUUUCAGAGCAUGAGGUGAGGCUUUGGUGUGCCUCCUUUUUUAAUAGCUGGUAUUCUAACUAGCAGCAUUCAUCAGUUCCUCUGCCUCCCAACUAACAACACAAAUUCAUUGUCCAACUUUCCUCACAUCUUAACCUGGGAGAACUAGAAGAGUUUACUUUGAUUCUCUUAGGCGCUGAGCAAAAGCCAGCUGUUGUUUUCUCUUACACUCUCCCCAUUCUCCCCUUCUCUGUCAAACUGUGAGAGGCUCCUGCCUCCGCCCCUGAAGGUCCCCCAACCUGGGAGUGCACAGGUACUAAACCAAGCAGUGCAACUUGGAGUUAAGCAGCUGCAGUGUUUACAUGUUUCUUAACGUGUCAUCUUUUCAAUGGCUGUAUUUUCAAAGAACACUUGUUUUAAUAGUCUGAUUAAAGGAAGCCCCUGUGGCUUUGGGGGCAUUGUGCCCUGGGUCCACCA